AUCAAUAUUCUUAAACGUAGGGGGCGGGGCUAGCCGUUUCCUUGUUGUUUGAGUGAGCAUAAAGUGAAAAGUGGGACAAAACCACCCAUAAAGCACUACAAAGAAUUGCCGAGGAAUACAAUUUGAGUCGAAACCGUAAUUGUGAGUAAUCCUGAGAUGAGCACCGAGAAGACUCCCGUGGAUGGGGCUCCUUCUCCAUUCAUGGUCCCCGGGCAGCCACCAUAUCCUCCCGCAUAUGGCACGAACAUGUCAGACCCAAACUUGUUCGGGGGUCCUACUCCUGGUGGUCCCCCUUUCCCUCCACCGAUGGCGUUUGGUCCUGGAGUUUUCGGGAUGGCCACGAACCCUCAAGCCAGCACAGGUUAUGAUGCCAUCCCCUCUUCUUCACGAUAUUCUCCGCCAGGCCCCGGAUUUAAUAGCGGCUUCAACAAUGAUGUUUACCAUAACGAGGAGGACCCACCACCCUUCGAUGAGAAUGAAGAGUUUGAUUUUGGAUUAGAUAACAAGAGCAUAAGAAGAGCCUUCAUUCGAAAGGUAUUCUUGGUGCUAACUGCUCAGCUGAUGGUGACAUUUGCUUUUGUAGCUGUUUUCACCUUUGUGGGUGAAGCCAAGAGCUUUGUCCAGGGGAAUGCAUGGACCUACCUGUUGUCCUAUGCUGUGUUCUUUGUGUCACUUUGUGUGAUCAGCUGCUGUGGGAGCGUUCGCCGGAGACAUCCUUGGAACCUGGUUGCACUGUCUGUUCUGACCCUCAGUAUGUCCUACAUGGUGGGAAUGAUUGCCAGCUACCAUGACACUGACUCAGUGAUCAUGGCAGUAGGAAUCACAGCAUUUGUGUGCUUUACCGUGGUAAUAUUCUCUCUGCAGACUAAAUACGACUUUACUUCCUGUUACGGCGUGCUUUUCGUCUGUGUAAUAGUCCUGUUUGUCUUUGGCAUCCUCUGCAUCAUCAUCCAAGACAGGAUUCUGCACCUUGUGUAUGCUGGAUUGGGAGCAUUGCUCUUCACUUGUUUCUUGGCAGUUGACACACAGAUGCUGCUUGGUAACAAGGAACUGGCCCUGAGUGCAGAGGAAUACAUCUUUGCUGCUCUUAACCUCUACACAGACAUCAUCAACAUCUUCAUCUAUAUUCUUUCCAUCAUUGGAAGCGCAAGGGGGAACUGAACAGGAGCAACAGAGAAAUUAGUUUUAACAGAACACUGUAUCGAGUUAAUGUAUAGAAGUUAAUUACCAUGUCUCAGCGUGCAUUGAUUACAUGGCUGAGAUUUCUUUGCUUCACCCAAUGUAAAUGUUUCUUUUGUGAUAAUAUAAAAGGGGGGAGGCGUUUGUUCCAGUGUCAUGAAGAGGAAUCUGUUGAUAUGCAAGCUUAUUAGUAAAAAAAAAAUUUUAUGAAGACCUUGUCAUAUGGUUUAAACAGGAAAAACCCAAUGAGUCGACCUUGAGAUGGAAUUGUUUUGUCAAACUACUUCCAGGGUCAUGAGUACAUUUUCAUGCUCAACCUAAAGUGUAUAUGAUAAGGGCUGAAAGCUACAGUGGAAAAAAAGCUGCUCAGCUUGUGUUAACAGCUCUGUUUCCAUGGUAACUAAAUAAACUCUCAUCCACUGAUGAGGUGAUACGGUUAAACAGUUAGUCAAACAGCUAUUUCCAUGGCAAAGAAUAUCUUUUAAGUUUUGUUUUUGUUUUUCCCUUUACACCUGAUCUGUGUUCUAUAUAGGGAGAGACAGAAUCGCAUCCCACCAGAGAGCAUCUUGUUG